AUGGACGAUACCGCUUCCCAGCGCCACAAGGACACAAUGGCCCACCACGGUCAUGGUCACAGUGCACCACGCCGCCAAAGCCUCCGACACCAUCUUGUUGCGGCCUUGGGCGAGUUCGUCGGCACGUUUCUUUUUCUAUUCUUCGGCUACGCGAGCCAUUCCAUGAUAGCCACCGCAGAGAGGCCGACCCCCGAGGGACUUCGUGACGGCUACAGUGCACAGGCAACUGUUUUAAUAGCACUAGCCUAUGCCAUGGCCAUACUGGUUACUGUGUGGGCCAUGUAUCGUAUCAGUGGAGGGCUAUUCAAUCCUGCUAUAACUCUAGGCUUGGGUCUGGCCGGCCAGCUGCCGUGGAUUCGCAUCGCCGUCCUCUUCCCCACCCAGCUCGUGGCUUCCAUGUGCGCGGGGGGAGUCGUCGAAGCCAUGCUGCCGGGGCCCAUCUCACGUGUCAAUACCAAGCUGGCCACGGACGUCAGCGUGGUGCAGGGUGUAUUCCUCGAGAUGUUUUUCACCGCCUACCUGCUAUUCGUAGUGCUCAUGGUCGCGGCAGAAAAGUCCAAGGACACCUUCAUCGCCCCUGUCGCCAUUGGCCUGGCUGCCUUUGUCGCCUUGAUUCCAGGUGCUUAUUACACGGGGGCUUCGCUAAACCCUGCUCGCAGCUUUGGGUGUGCCGUCGCUGGCCUCGAGUUUCCCGAGCAUCAUUGGAUUUACUGGGUCGGACCAUUUCUGGGCUCGGCCUUGGGUGCUGGAUUUUAUCGCCUUUUGAAGUUUUUGAACUACGAGGAGGCAAAUCCGGGGCAAGACUCUGACUAUCCACUAUAUAUUGAAAGGGUAUAG